AUGGUGAAGUACUUGCUCGACGCGUACCCAGACUUCACAUUGAUCCUCACCGUCCGCGAUGAUUCAGAAGCAGACAAGAACACCGCGGAGUUGCAGGAAGUCGUUGCUGGACAUUCCGAUGCAGUAACCAGCAUCCGCAAACUGGACUUGGCUUCGCUGAAGGAGGUAGAAACCUUCUGCAACGAUCUGCGCUCAGAAAUAGGAAACGGAAAAUUGCCUCGCCUUUCUGCGAUCAUCUGCAACGCGAUGUCAUGGCGUUUGUCAGGUGGACCUUCAUAUACCGGAGAUGGCUACGAGACAACCAUGGCGAUCAAUCACCUCGCACACUUUUCGCUCUCAUUGCGACUCAUCAAUUCCAUGGAUGCGCAGCGUGGCCGUUUUGUAUUCCUCGGGAGUGAAGCGCAUCACCCGCUUAGAGCUGCGUUCUCGAAAGGCUACCCUACCGCCAUAUACUCAGAUCUGGAUCUACACGUGCACCCAGAGCCAGAUAAGCCAGAAGAAGAGUUGGGUCGAGGAUUCCAGAGAUAUGGCACUAGCAAGCUUGUCACAGUAAUGGUAGCGUAUGAGCUGAAUCGAAGACUGAAGCAGCCAGCGCUCGCGUCCGUUCAGCAGGCAGCGAAGCCUGUUGUUGAUCUCGCCGUUGCGGAUGAAUACGCGGGUCAAGAAGGCUAUUUUGAAGGGAAGGCGAAGGUUGACAGCUCGUUCUACAGCCUUAUUGAGUCAGUGCAGGGCAUGCUUUGGGCGAAGAGCGUUGAGUGGUGUGGAUUGAGGGCUGAGGAUUCGGUCAUUGAGCUUUGA